AUGUUCAUAGUAGAAUGUGAUGCUUCUGGAAAUGGGUUGGGAGCUGUCCUAAUGCAGGAAGGCAGGCCACUAGCCUAUUUAAGCCAAGCCUUAAAAGGCUUUGAUUUUAGUGUCGAAUACCGAAGUGGCAAAGGAAAUAAGGUAGCAGAUGCUCUCUCCAGGUUACCAGAGCAAGGAAACAAUUCAGACCCAGAGGUGAUCCUGACUAAUUAUGGGGAAGCCAAGGCAAUCAGCAUGGUUACAGUUAGUUGGUGGGAAGGGUUCCAUCAACUAUAUCCACAAGAUCUCCAGUUGCAACAGUUACACAACCACUACCAUCAAGGUAAUCUCGAUCCCCUCAAAUAUCAGUUUAGAGGAGGCUUCCUAUUCUACAAAGGGAGGUUACACUUGGGAACCCUAAGGGUACAGCAGGAGCAAGUCAUGCAGCAAUUCCACAGCAGCCCUAUGGGAGGGCAUACUGGUUCACAGAAGACUCAUUCCAGGCUCAAGAGUUAA